AUGCGAGCGUUCUUUCCCACCACUUUUCCUCUAGAAAAAGGCUAUCUCCGUAGUCCCAGGCACCCAGUGUCUCUUCGUUUGACCGGGGGGGGGGGGGGGGGCAGGGAAGGGAGUUCGGUGGAAGGAAGGCGAACUUGCAGUCGUCUGAGGCCUGCCUCUCGCCCACCUGCUGCUGCCGGAGCGGAGUGGCAGUCUUCCCGGACUUCCUGCGCCCUGGGCGCGGGCCAUCCACCGGCCCUCCCAGAGACCUUCAUUCUGGAUCUCCAGCUGGCUCUCGGACCCCUGGCUUGGGGAAGGAGCCAGAAGGGAGUGAGCAACGAACGGCCUCGGAGCCCAGCCUGCGGAAGAACAAGAAGCCCGCUAACUCCGAGAUCUACUGUGGCUAGGAGAGCGCAGAGCUUUCGCCAGCGCACAGUCCGCGGCCUCGUCCUCUUUGUGCUUCGGGGUGGCCCGACCCGCUACACGGCUAGCAGUGCGUCGGAACUGCUGCUCCUCCCUGAGUUAGCAGGAGAGGAAAGUUGGAAGAGAUCGACGCGCCUAGGAUGUGAUUGUCAUCCUGGGGCCGGCGCUCGAGAGUCUGAGAGAAAGCGAGAAAGAGAGAGAGAGGGAGAAAAAACCCUCCUAUUCAAAAGUUUAUAGUUUAUGGAGAUGGAUGACAUAAAAAUGUAAACAUCUCCACACACA